CUGAGACUGCGCUGGCAGCGGGCAGGGAGGCAGCGGCGGCCGGGACACGGGCUCCCAUGGCCGGGGCGGCGGACUGGUUCCAGCGGGAGGAGCGGAUCGGGCACAUCAGCGACAUCAGGGUCCACAACUUGCAGAUUGAACGAGUCAGGACUCAGAAGAGAACGUUUACGAGAUGGAUCAACUUCAACUUGGAGAGGUGCAAGCCUCCACUGGAGGUGAACGACUUGUUCAAGGACAUGCAGGAUGGGAAAGUCCUGAUGUCUCUGCUGGAGGUGUUGUCUGGACAGCCGCUGAUGCAGCACUACAAACAGUCGACACAUCGGAUCUUCAGACUGAACAACAUCGCCAGAGCCUUGAAAUUCCUGGAGGACGGCUACGUCAGGUUGGUGAGCAUCGAUGCGCCGGAGAUAGCCGAUGGAAACCCAUCCCUGAUCCUCGGAUUAAUCUGGAACAUCAUCCUCCACUUCCAGAUCAAGGAGGCCGCUGGGCACCUGAAGAUCUUCUCCCCCACAGCCAGCCUUUGUUCCUUGCACAAUGGGGGUGACGUCCACCUGCCUGGGGACCCUCCAAGGGCGACCGCGCCCACGGUUCCCUCCAAGGACCACAGGAAGGUGAUUAAGGCGCUGCUGAAGUGGGUGCAGCGGAGGACAGCAAAGUACGGGGUGGCGGUGCAGGACUUUGGCAGUAGUUGGCGGAGCGGCAUUGCCUUCCUGGCUCUCAUCAAGGCCAUCGAGCCCAGCCUGGUGGACAUGAGGGAGGCCAUGGAGAGGCCGAGCCGGGUCAACCUCGAAGAUGCCUUUAAGAUAGCAGCGGAGAACCUUGAGAUCCCACCACUCCUUGAACCUGAAGAUGUGGAUGUGGAGCGGCCUGAGGAGCAGUCCAUCACCACCUACGUGUCACAGUUCCUGGAGCACUUCCCUGACAUGGACGAGAGUGAUCUUCUAGGAGAUGCCUCUGAACCUCCUCUGGAAAACCCUUACGGCAACACUGGAGCUGCACCCUCAGAUCUAGCUGUAGAAGCAACCUAUAAGAGCCAUGAAAUGGUGCGCUACAAUGUGUUCAACGAUGACGCCUCGCCGCCACGCAGCCCCAAUGAGGAUGUCCACUCCUCCUUGACCAACGAGGUGUUCCAUGUCCAGCCGUUGCGCGGGGAAGAUGAUCGCCCCCAUGUUCUCACGGGUGGAGUUCCUUCCCAGAGAGAAGCGACUUCCCCCCCGGCCAUCCCUCAAUCCAAUCGCUCACACACUCCGUCUCCUCGAGAGAGGGAAUCCUCAUCUUCGCCUCUCCACCGCAGGUCCUUGCCGCCUAGCCCUGGCGCCACCGAAGCAGUGGAGGAGAUCUACGUGGUGUUACAUCCAGUGAGGAGGAAGUCUUCGAUGGGUGAGAAGAUACUGGUGUUGGAUAAGGACCCGUCUUGCCCGACCCAUCUCUCCCCGGAUGACGGGUCACCAGGUGCGGCAAAAACCGCUGGCUUUGGGUCUGGUGAAACUUCUCAACCUUCUGGGUCAGGGGCAAGUGUCUCCUCCCAGGAGGACUCCACGGACGAAGCAGCCACCCUCUCUUGCGGCUCGCACCACACGCAAGGCCUGUCGUCGUGUCCCGAAGCCCUUCUCGUCGGCGCGGGAAGUCCCGCCCGGCAGCGGACCGUUUCGGAGUCGUGCACGCAGACAGAGGGGAAGCAGUCUCCCCGACAGCACCAGCUCUUCCACCCGGCCUUCUUCAACGAAGAGAAGCUGUCGGUGAUCCCGCACAGCCUCGUCUAUUAUCCUCAUUACAACGUGCCCGUCUCCGAGGUUCUGGAAGCUUACUCCGUUACCGACGGCGGCGUUAGUCCUCAGAAGGAGAUCGACGCCGAGCUUCACCACGACGAAGAGUCGUCGCCACUCACGGACGAAGCUUACCAGUCGUGUUCCGAGCUCGGCAGCGCCUUCUCGCUGCAGGGGCUGAGUCUGACCAUCUCGGACUACACUCUGUACUCCCCCGACUCUGAUGGAGCCGGCCCCUGGAAUGACUCCACGCUCCCAGAAGCCGGAGCCAACACCCAGCCAGGAACUGAGACGUCCAAAUGCGUGUCUGCAGCACAGACGUCUGCUCCCCUUCAGUGGCCCGACGUGUUUCAUGAACAGCCCGACACAGACGGCGUCAACGGGCGUCGGGAUGAAAAGCCUUCGGUACCAAAGGAUGGAGAUCCCGAAGAGUCUCGGGGAGAUGGUCAGGAUGAUGAAGAGGAAUGGCGUGAAGAGGCAGAGGAGGUGGAGGAGCAGCGCUGGCAACUGCAGUCACACGCGGCGAGCAGUGGUACAGAGGGCAUUGGAGAAGGUGCGGAGAGGUCUGUGGAUGGAUGGGAGUUUGAUGCCAGCCUCUACCAGCCUGCCGUACUGCAGGCAACAGGGACUUCAAGCUCAACGGCUGCAAGCAAUGCCGAAGAUAUGAGAAUCGCAACCAGCCGCGACCAUCAAGGUUCUGAGGAGGAUUGCCUCCCACAACUGGUGGAUGAGCACCAUGUAACCUCCUGGCAAGAAGAGGUGAACAAGCAGGAUGGCAUGGAGCUGUGGCUGGAACCUGGGCAACUGCAGGAGGAACACUUUGAAGAUGCAGACCCUUCGGCAUGGACCGAGUUUACAGAUUGUCCGUCGAUGCUGAAUGAGACACAAACGACUGAGCAAAUCAGCCUCACAACCAGGUCGACCCUAGAGUCUCACAGGCCACGUCCGUCGACAUUUGCUCGUGGCAGCGAGGCCGGGGACCACUACGGCGAGACAACAUCAGGAUCUCCCCCUGUGCACCCUCAGCUGCCCUACCUGAUCAUCUUGCUGUGGAUGGUGGUCUACUGGAUGAUCGUUCUUCUGCACCUAGACCUGGAGUCAUCGGGGCCACCUCUUCUCCAGCUGACAGGCACCAAAUAGUCGCAAUCACCCUCCCGUUUACAGCUGCCGUUCUGAUGACUAGUUUAUGCAAUGCUGGGUUUUUAAUCUCGAUUGUACAUUUUUAAACAUUAUUAUAAAGAAUAUUCUAUAUUGAGUGGUGACAUCCCAAUGACUUUAGAAAAACCUUUAAUAGCCAAUUUUUACAAUUAUGUCCACUGGAUGGAAAUACAGAAUCCACUUUUUCUUCCGUAAAAUCUUCAAAGGUACUUUAUUGUCACUUGUAUCCAGAUGCAGUGAAAUUCCUAUUUUGUACACAGUUCUGUAAAAUUUUGACUAUACAUAGACACAGUUCUAAUUAAAU